AUGAGUGGGGCGGCGCUGUGCGCGGCGCUGACGGAGCUGGGGUUCGACGGGGAGGACCCGCUGGACGCGGACGCGCUCGAGUGGCCGUUCCAGUACGAGGAGGCCCGCCCGCUGCUCGCCUGGAUCUGCUCCUGCCUCCGCCCCUCCAACGUCCUCUCCCCGUCCCACCUCUCGCAGUACGAGCAACUCCUAGAAGAGGGAAGACUGCUAGAGGGUGAGGAUUUGGACUCUGCUUUUGAUAGUAUUUCAGCCUUUUCAAGCAAGAAAGACAACCAAGAGGCUAUCUUUGAAGCAGAAGAAACGAUUCUUGACAUCCGAGAAGCAAAACUAGCAUAUAGAGCUGAAGUUUUUGAGUUGCAGAAGCAGAUUGCACGGCAACAAGCACAGUUUGAUUUGCUUGCAGGGCAAGCAUCUUCUCUUAUCCAAGGCAGGCGAGCACGUGUAUCAGCUAUGUCUACAGUUAGUGUGCAACUUAUAUCAUUAGAUGAGAUACUUUCUUCAAGAAACUUAGAGACGAAUGCAGUUCUUGGAAGAAUUACUGCUACGACCCAAGAGUUGGCCCAUUAUCAUUCAGGAGAUGAGGACAGUAUAUACUUGGCAUAUUCAGAUUUCCACCCUUAUGUUAUUGGAGAUUUGGCUUGCACUAAGGAGCUAAACCGGUGGUUCUCGAAGCAAUUUGAGAAGGGGCCAUUUAGACUUGUUGCUGAGGAGGGGAAAUCCAAAUGUUCCUGGGUUAGUCUUGAUGACAUCACAAAUGGCUUGAUAAGAGGAGAUUCUGAAAAAUCUCAUCAUCACCAGCGUGUGGCUGAGUUACAACGACUCCGUUCAAUAUUUGCUACAAGUGAACGACAAUGGAUUGAAGCACAGGUUGAGAAUGCUAAACAGCAGGCAAUACUCCAAAUUUUAAAAUCACAAGUAUCCUCCGACGAGGCUCACAUACAUAGGGAUAUCCACUCUCUUAGGAGAAAGAGUUCUGAGCUUGCUGGAGAACUCUCGACACUUUCUCAAAAGGUGCAGCCUUUCAUAUCUGAGACCAUACCAUGCCUCUGUUCAGAACUUGCUCAACUUCAAGGCACAUAUAUUUUGCAAGGUGAUUACGAUUUAAAGGUUAUGCGCCAGGAAUACUAUAUCAACAGGCAAAAAACAUUCAUCAACCACUUGGUUAAUCAGCUUGCUAGACACCAAUUUCUGAAGAUUGCUUGCCAACUUGAAAGGAAACACAUAGCCAGUGCUCACUCAUUGCUUAGAGUUAUAGAAUCUGAGCUACAGAGCUACCUAUCGGCAGUCAACACCCGUCUGGGUCAUUACAGUUCAUUAAUUCAAGCUGCCUCUGAGGUACAUGAACAAGGAGCAAUUGAUGAUCGUGACACUUUCCUCCAUGCAGUGCGAGAUCUACUAUGCAUUCACUCAAAUUCCCAAGCAGCAGUACCAACAUACAUGUCAGCACAUGCUUUAGUUCAGCAGAUAUCGGCACUUCAAUCUGACUUGCUUUCUCUUCAGUCUGAACUUGAAAAUACUCUUCCAGCUGACAGGAAAAGAUGUAUCAAUGAGUUAUGCACUCUGAUUCAAACAGUUGAACAGCUUCUAUUUGCCACGUCAACGACUGCAGAACCAGUAUUGACACCUUGGCCACUGAUGCGCGCGCUUGAUGAUAUGGAAAAUGCCAAUGCUCAAGUCGAAGUUGCUGUUGAAGAAGUAACCAAGGCUCGUACUCAAAAGAUAAAGAUCUUUGAGAAUCGUGCCCAUGAGGUGGGGAGGGAAAGGCAGGUGUUUGUCGAUUUCUUCAGCAACCAUGAGCGUCUCAAGAAUCAAGUCAGAGAGUUGACCUCCCGCGUGAAAGCUCUCCAGGAAUAGAGAGUAGAGCCCUUUCUCUAGAUCGUUCUAGCCUUGUUGUGCCAGGUCUCUCGAAAAUGGACGCGACUGCCAAAGCUCAUGGCUCCAGUCUGUGGCAAAGCUUUUUCUUCCAGAACUCCCAACACAAAGUUGGGGCACGUGCGUGUGGUGCUGGUACGUAACAGGGUUAACCAUUGAACGGUUUGGAUGUUCAUGUGUGCUGCGUGAGUGCUAGGCGUUGUUGUAUUUAUGCUGCUCUGUAUGUUGUAAAAUAUGUUAGAAAUCACGAGCAAGCUUGAAACUGGUUGUGGUGGUGGUGUUGUGUAACAAUUGAUUUAAGUAGUUUAUAUUAGGCGGUUGAUUUAGUUGGGACUAACAACUUUCUCAAAGUUGCUGGAAUUCAAUCACUCGGACCAGCUCAAAAAAGUUGGU